UAAGCUUAACGAUUUAUAUCAAAAUGCAACUUUACGGAGUAUCGCGGAGCGAGCUAGAACUAGAGCUAGAAAAGCAAAUGGCGGGAAGUCGGAACUCGAUUCAAAUAAAUUAGCUUCUAACAGGUUCGUGAAACGUUAAGCAGUCGUUCUUUCAAAUUCAAAAUUUUGAAGAAUUACUCUCGAUUUUACUUCGAUCUGCUCUACCAUAGAAAAAGAGGUAUUAAGAGUGCAUUGCGAUGCAACGUGCAAAUAACAAUAACACGUAGUCACGCAAAUUAAAGGACGUAAAUAAAAAAGAGCAACUUUCGGUUGUAUUAAAAAUAAAUUUAUAUUUACAAGCGAGGAGAAAAUAAUAAUUACUAAUAAAACGUCUUAUGGAUCGUAAGCACAGUAGGAUCGGAAACAAAUGCACGAUAAAUCGUUUGUUCGAAUCUGUAGUGUUCAUUACGUUCAAAUUAAAACAUCUGGAAUUCGUUUGGCAAAAUAUAAGUUAUAAAUUACCUCUUACUAAGUACCUAUGAGCGUAACGUUUCGAAUUCUUGUAAAAAGGAAACGGAUAACGGUAUUGAUAUUACAACAUUGUUCCUCGUAUUGCGUAUAGAAUCUUUUUCGGCAAGACAGGAAGCAGAUAUGUUCAUUCAUAUGCAAAUCACUUUAGGGUUAACCGGUAUUGACUCAAAUUAGCUCGAAUUUUUUGUGAAGAUAUCGCGAAUCGAUAUCAUUUCCUUACAAUUUGAUCGUAGAUUUUCUGUCGUGAACUAUUCGUAACGAAACUCGCACAGGAGGUUAGGAAAAGACGAAAAAGAAAAAAAGCAUUAAAUAAUUACACGUGACGUAAAGGAAAACAACGUAGCGUUAAUUCUCGGUAUGACUAACAUUUAUCGUAUAAGUUAAUAUCUUUAUCUUCUUAUAAACUAAAACGAAACUAACUUUGGCAGUCGGGUCCAAGUAAUGGACAACGCGCGUGUCGCGUGCACACGUACGUUUUUAAUAUUCUAUCAUAGGACACAUUCAAUUUGGCAAGCGUUACGAUGCACGUAAAAGCACAUGUUUUUGUACGCGGUUUAGGUGAAAAUGCAUACUGUGGAUGGAAUUCUCUGAAUAGCGAUGGAACAAGAUGGUGAACGAAAAUGGAGAGAAGUUCAAGACGAUGAAAAAUUAAGAUUGUAACAAAAGAUUACGAAAACUACGAGAUACGCCGCGACCAUGCUGUUGGGCGUAGUAGCGUUGUCGUUUACGUUGACGACCUUGGCGAGCGCCGAGAGCAUCUUAAUGACCGAGGUGUUCGUGAUUCCGAUCAGACCGGAGACUUUCGACUGGAGCGAGGAUGCACGAUCCGACCAGUUCUCCUAUCAACCCUCGUUACUAAACGCGCCCGAUCUUCCAUCCUGGAUCCACUACACGUACAGCAAAAGAGAUCACCAUGGCUUCCUGUACGGCGUCGCGCCCAAGGAUCGAAAAUACUUUCAGCUGGAGAUCGUAGGCCUAAACAAGCAUACUUACGAGACCAGGUACAAGGUUCUGGAUAUGAACGUCCUCGAGAAGGAAAACUUGACAAAGUACGAGGUCCAUUUAAAGAUCGAUAAUCUAAACGUGGAGGACAUGUUCGACCGCAACAGAACCGAGGAGCUCCUCGAUAUAUUUAGAAAGAGGUUAUGGAAAGACGCGACGGAUUUAUACGUGACUUUCCUAGCGUCUGCCGUCGAUCUUGGCGCACGUUUGCCUCUGAAGCCAAGCGAGGGCGAAGGGGUCGUUAUAAGAUUAGGGAGUUCCAUGCCGUUCUCGCAAGAGCUGAACGAACUGCAGGAAGAGGUAAAGCCUCUGUGGAAACUGCCUUCGUGUCCUCGAGAUUUCAAGCGGACCAGCGUGGAGAGACUGUUCAGAGAAGCGGAAUUCGCGCUGGAUUGGUGCUCGUUCAGACUGGUGGAGCAGGAGCAGCAAAGCUUGCAGCACGAGAGCGCGAGACGAGGGCCCAGCGUGAGCGUGUUGGAUUUGCCGGCUUCGGGCAUUUCGGAGCACUCGGAAUGGCGCUGGGCCAGGUCGACCAAGGCCAGCAUUCCGACCAGAAGUUACUUGGAAGAAAUUGCCACCACGAUCUUCGUCCCGACGAUCCUGCUUCUCGUGCUGGCCGCUCUGCUCAGCACGGUCCUCUGCCUCGAUCGCGAGAAAUUGAAUGAUCUCGAAUCUGAGGAAUACUUCUACGAAUUAUUUAAUAUUUUUCACGACAGAAAAAGGGGAACCAGCAGCGAGAAAAGAGAAAAUUCGUCGGGGGAAGGAGUUAGCAACAAUAACAUACAAAUGGUUCAGUAUGCUGCUAUCGAAAUUCAGUAUGCCUUAAAAUCGCUCUCUGCUCAACCCUCUAGCCCUAACGAUUCCUUGCUACCUAGUCCCAGGAUGUCCAGUGAACGAUGUAAUCCGUACAUUCGACCAAAUCCACCACCUUACACAGGACCAAGCAAUUUAAGUGGGAUCCGAGCAGAUUUCUGACUACACGAGGAGCCAGCAAAAACGUGGUUUUGCUGAAUUAAUGAUCUACCCUCGUCACCACGAAGAAAAUUGCAAAAUCAUUGAAACUGGCUCCGUAUUAUGUAUUGCUUCGUAAUUUCAUAUCGCGCACCACAAUUCUCGUUUAAGAUUGUACAAACUUUAUAAAAAGACUCGAUACUAGGUGCUAGAAAAAUAUGUUCAAUCAUACAAAGGCACUCAUGAUUAGCAUAGCAAAUUAGCAUGAAAGACUUAUAAUUUAUUUCAUACAACUAAAUGUAUACAUUAGUUUUAAGAAUUAAAUUGCUACUUUGAUACAGAAGCUUGAAAUUUAAGUUACUAUAAGCUAAUUAUUCUAAGUUUAA